CUAACGCUUAUUGGGACUGAACGCAUGUCUUUUGCACCUUCCAACCAAGAUCUUCGACCUCUCUCGGUCACUUUCCCCGAGAAAUCCCAAAUUAAUACCAAAUUAUAUCCUACAAUCAAACUCAGGAGAAAUGGAGCGUCAUAAUGAAGCAGUCUCUGCCAUUGCCUCUUCUAUUAAACAGUUUUACGAGAGGAAAGAGGCUUUUAGAUUAUAUCAUGGAUCGACCAAUAGUACACGAGAUUCGAAUCGACGCAGGGACCGCAUGAUAGAUACGAGCAAAUUAAAUCGAGUGCUUCAUGUAGACACGAAGAAAAAGGUAGCUCUCGUUGAACCAAAUGUACCAAUGGAUAGUCUUGUUGCGGAAACUCUUCGCUAUGGUCUGGUACCCCCGGUGGUUAUGGAAUUCCCCGGCAUUACCACUGGAGGAGGAUUUGCUGGUACUUCUGGAGAGAGUAGCUCUUUCAAAUAUGGCUUCUUUGAUCGCACGGUCAAUUGGAUCGAGAUGGUCCUUGCAAACGGCGAGAUCGUAUCAGCUUCCAAGAAUGAGAAGCCGGAUCUGUUUUAUGGUGCGGCAUCGUCUUUUGGAACGCUAGGAGUCACGACUUUGCUUGAGUUGCAGCUAAUUGAAGCAAAAACCUAUGUCGAGUUGACAUAUAUAAAUAUAAAAAGCAUGGAAGAGGGGAUAAAAAAGAUUGAGGAAAUUACAAAGGAUCCAAACGUGGACUAUCUUGAUGGUAUUCUGUUCAGCAGAGAGACUGGCGUCAUCUGUUCCGGACGUUUGGUUGACAAACUGAAGCCUAAUAUGCACAUACAAGGCUUCGUAAAGAAGUCGGAUCCUUGGUUUUAUCUCCAUGCCAAGAACUUAUAUAAUAGGAGUUCCGGAUCAGUCACAGAAGCUAUUCCUCUUGUCGAUUAUUUAUUUCGAUAUGAUCGAGGAGGCUUCUGGGUCGGCAGAUAUGCAUAUAGGUAACUGAGCAGUCAAACUUUAAUGUUGGAAGGCCACUCACUCUUGCUUCCAGAUACUUCAUUACUCCAUUUAACCGUAUCACGCGUCGUCUACUCGAUUACUUUAUGCAUACGCGAGUGAUGUAUCACGCACUACACCAAAGCGGACUUUCCAAAAAGUAUAUAAUCCAGGAUGUAGCAAUUCCAUAUCCCCGCACAACGGAGUUUGUCAAUUAUCUAGACAAGGAUUUCGGGCAGUGGCCCAUUUGGUUGUGUCCGCUACGACAGGACGGGCUCUCCAGCGAAUCGCCACUCGGGCUCCUCGCUGAGAGAAACGGGAAUUCAUCUACUCCGAACAUGUUGCUCAACUUUGGGGUUUGGGGACCAGGGCCAGAUGCUCGUGAUGCAUUCAUAACAUGGAACCGAAAGUUUGAACACAAAGUUCGAGAGCUGGGUGGACAGAAAUGGCUGUAUGCUCAUGCCUACUAUACCGAGGAGGAAUUCGAUGAGAUUUAUAAUCGUAAGGAAUAUGACGCUCUCCGUGUCAAGUACCAUGCAACACAUCUUCCUAGUAUCUAUGAUAAGGUCAAAGUUGAUAUUGAGUCAGAACGCAGGGAGUUGCAAGGAUCGUGGAGUUUGUGGUUGCUGGCAAUCUUCUGGAAUAUUUGGCCAUUGAGUGGACUGUAUGGCGUAUUCAAAGCAUUUUUAGGUGGAGAUUAUCUUCUUCCGAAGACCCGCGAAUCUAGCAAAACAUGGAAAAUUAAAGAAUAAGGUAGCUGAAGUCAGAUGAUCCAAUUGCGUUGUAAGGAAGGGGUCUACAAACUAUGCAUUUCUUAUUGGUUCAUGAUUAUCAUCAAUAGCUUUAUUAACAAACAAUCCGCCGCUUUCGCAUCGAUGGAAACAAAGGUUCACUUUUCCCUGAUAGGAAGU